AUGCCCUCCUUUGGGAUUUGCCAGUUGUCCUUUCUGAUUAUUUUCUGGAAUGGAGCUUCAAGAAACCUUGCCUGGUCUAUUUACUACUCCUGGUUUCUGUCUUUUCAGGUUUCUGCAUCGCCAGCGGCUACAGAACCAACAAAUCCUCGUCCUAAAAAAGCCCCAGAGCUGCCAAUCCUAGAGAGGAAGAACUGGUUGAUUUAUCUGCUCUACGUCCGCAGAGACUACGAGGAGUGUAAGGCUGUCAUCAAAGAGCAGCUCCAGGAGUCCCAAGGGCUCUGUGAAUAUGCUGUGUAUGUUCAAGCUUUGAUAUUUCGCUUGGAGGGGAAAAUUCAAGAAUCUCUUGAACUUUUCCAGACAUGUUCCAUUCUGAACCCUCGAAGCGCUGACAACCUCAAGCAGGUGGCACGAUCCCUGUUUCUCCUGGGGAAGCAUAAGGCAGCCAUUGAAGUGUACAAUGAAGCAGCAAAACUCGAUGAGAAGGAUUGGGAGAUCAGCCACAACCUGGGUGUGUGCUACAUGUACCUGAAACACUACAACAAGGCACGAGACCAGCUCAACAAUGCCCUGGAGCUCAACAGACACGACCUGACCUACAUGAUGCUGGGCAAAAUUCACCUCUUGGAGGGGGAGAUGGAUAAAGCCAUUGAAGUAUAUAAGAAAGCUGUAGAGUUUUCUCCAGAAAACACAGACCUCCUCACAGCCCUGGGCCUACUGUACCUGCAGGCUGGGGAGUACCAGAAGGCUUUUGAACACCUUGGAAAUGUGCUUACCUACGACCCAGGCAACUACAAGGCCACGCUGGCUGCUGGCAGCAUGAUGCAGGCCCACGGGGAUUUCGAUGUCGCCCUCUCCAAGUACAAGGUGGUGGCCAGCAGUGUUCCUGAGAGCCCCCCACUCUGGAACAACAUUGGCAUGUGCUUCUUUGGGAAGAAGAAAUACGUGGCAGCUAUCAGCUGCCUAAAGAGGGCAAACUACCUGGCUCCCUUUGACUGGAAGAUCCUGUACAACCUGGGCUUGGUGCACCUCACAAUGCAGCAGUAUGCCUCAGCCUUCCACUUCCUCAGUGCUGCCAUCAACUUCCAGCCCAAGAUGGCAGAGCUCUACAUGCUCCUGGCAGUUGCUCUGACCAACCUUGAAGACAUUGAGAAUGCCAAAUGUUCCUAUGAGCAAGCUGUGGCCUUGGACAAGUGCAACCCCCUCAUCAACCUGAACUACGCUGUCCUGCUCUACAACCAGGGCGACAAGGAGGGGGCCCUGAGCCAGUUCCAGGAGAUGGAGAGGAAGGUCACCGUGGCCAGGGAGAGCAGCACACCCGACUUCGACCCUGAGAUGGUGGAGAUGGCCCAGAAGAUGGGAGCUGCCCUGCAGGUUGGGGAGAGCCUGGUGUGGACCAAGCCUUCUAAAGAGUCCAAAUCCAAGCAUAAAGCUGCUGGGUCAGGGAAAUCCAGCUCUCAGCAGCCUUUAGGCUCCAACCAGGCCCUGGGUCAAGCCAUGUCCUCUGCUGCAGCAUAUGGGAAAACCAUGCAGCUCCCCCCAGGUGCUGCAACACCAGCUCUGCCAAAAAAGCCUCCCUCCCUGCCUCUGGAACCUGAACAGGAGCAGGACUCAGAAACGAGCCCUGAGGAGAACUCAGCUCCCACAGGGCACGAGGAGCAGGGGAAGGAGAAGCACCAGAGCCAGGAGGCAGCAGAGUAGGGCAGCUCUGGGCAGCACAGGCAGUGCAGGAGCCUCUCCAGGGCUGCCUGGGACUGGGGAAAGGGACCUGCCUCACCCUGCCCCAUGGUGGCUUCUCCCCACUGCCUGUCAGUCUGGAUGGAGCCGUUUCCUAUCAGUGAUUUCAGCCUGUGGCUCUGCCUUGUUCCAGGGAGUCCCUGCAGUGACCAGAGGUUGCUGUGUAGCUACUCCUAGUGCAGUCACAACUCACCACACAGCUCUCCACAGGCUGGGUGUGAGCCCUCCAGAAGGACCUUUAGCAAAGCCAGCAGUAGUGAUUUAGGAUCCUGGGUGGUGAGGAGAAUCAAUCCCUUCCAGUGGCUGAACUGGUGAGCAGCUUUGCAUAAAGAACCAGUAAACUGAAGCUUCAGGGCUCUGUGUUUGCUGGUGAAGCUCCCCAGCUGUUUGACAAUUUAUUUCCUGCUUUUAGUUCUGUACUCUUGGACUGUAUCCCUCCAUAAUUAGCAGCCCAGGAGGGGAAGGUUGGUCAUGGAAACAUCCUGGAGACAGCAGUGUACAGGCAGCAUGAGCAGGGCUCUGGGUACAUCCCAGCCUUCAGCUGUGCUCUGUGGUUUGUUGCUCUUAUCCAAAAGGCAUUAAUGCAUCUUUAGAGCCCAACCAGGAGCUGAAGUGCUCUCCUGUUCCCUGGAGAACACUGAAAGAGUAGGACCCCUCACUUUCCCCUGGGUUCUGGUAGCCCAAACUGACUGCUUAUCUUAAAUGUGGCUUUUUGUUCCUCUCAGGUGUCCUUUUUGCUGGGUUUUGUGUCAGUUCAGCCCCAGGGCAGCAUUUCUGUAAGGAUUCCCUCCUGCCAGGAGUUAAACAGAAUUUUUUUUGCAGAGCAUUGGCAGUUUGAAACAAACUAGACAAGAAACAGUGUCAGUCAGGUACAGUGCAGAGAUUUUUAUUCACAUUUAACUUCUUACACUGAAAGUCCCUGCAGCCUAACAGAGUGCCUGGGGAGAAGAGGUGAGGAUUGAAGACAGGGGCUGUGAAUUCUCCACUUCAGCCCCAAAACUUGAAUUCAAGGCAGAUUUUUGUCCUGUGAUGCUUUGAUGGGGUAAGUGUCACACAGGGAGCACAUACUGCACUUGGAGGUACUGUGAAGGGAUUUAUUUUAAAUAUAUAUUUUGUGAAAAGCUUAUGCAACAGUGAACCAAUUCUUCUAUGAAAUGAAGCAGUAACACCUUCUUUCUUCCUGGGAGCUUCAUAUCUAAGAGAGCAUUUUUAAAUAUGUAAUUCCAGUUGGAUAAUAAAUAGAGCUGCAAUUCCUGU